AUGGCUCAACAUCCUGCUCCCGGGAGGGCUAUUAUCUCCGGUCCGCGUCCAUCUGGUCCAGGUAUUCUGCCAUCCAUAGUUGGUCAAGAUGGUAAUCAGGUUAGUCAGCUUGCAGGUAGGCGAAUGUUGCCAGCUGAUCCGCGCUUGCAUCAGAUUAUUGGACGUGCGGCUACUGCUAAGCGAAAACGUCGUCUGGCUGACCGUCUUCUCACAAAGACGGUACGAGAAAUCAUUCCAGAGUCCGAAUCAUAUAUGGAGCUUCUAGAAGUUGAAAAGAAAUUGGAUUUUGUUUUAAUGCGUAAACGUUUAACACUGCAGGAAGCAAUGAAAAAACCUUUCAAGGUAAAACGCAAAUUAAGAGUCAUACUCAGCAGUACUUUUAAGCCUGGCUCUACUGCAAUGCCCGUUGGAUCAGACGGACAAACUACACCUGGUGAUUGUGCUCCUGGUUGGGAGCUGAAAGUUGAAGGACAGUUGUUAGAUAAACCUGGUCAACCAAGCAAUAAUGACCCGAAAUGUCGUAGAAAAUUUUCAUCUUUCUUCAAAUCACUUGUAAUUGAAUUGGAUCGCGAACUCUAUGGUCCUGAUAACCAUCUAGUUGAGUGGCACAGAACAGCUACAACAGCCGAAACUGAUGGAUUCCAGGUAAAGCGAAGAGGUGAUAGUAAUGUUCGUUGUACGGUAUUGUUAAUGUUAGACCAUCAACCUCCUCAAUAUAAGCUAGAUUCACGUUUAGCAAGAAUAUUGGCUCUGCAUACCGGUACACGUUCACAAAUAUUCUAUGCUCUAUGGAACUAUAUCAAAACACAUAGAUUACAAGAUCCCAAUGAGAAGGAUUUCAUCAAUUGCGAUUCAUAUUUGGAACAAGUAUUCGGAUGUCCUCGAAUGAGAUUUGCUGAUAUACCUAGUCGUUUGGCUCCUUUACAACAACCACCUGAUCCCAUAGUGAUUAAUCAUAUUAUCACAGUUGAAGGCGAUGGUGGCCCCAAAACAGCAUGCUAUGAUAUUGAAGUUGAAGUGGACGAUGUAUACAAAAGUAUGGUACAUACAUAUCUAACUAAUAUGCAUACAAGUCAAGAGCUAUCCGCUAUCGAUAAUAAAAUACACGAAUUGGUUGAACAGAUCAAUCAAAUGAAAGUUCAUCGUGAGUUUUACUUAGAAUUCAGCCGUGACCCACAGACCUUCAUAUCUCGUUGGUUAGCUAGUCAGUGUCGAGACUUCUGGGUGAUGACCGAUGCUACACCAGGACAUCCCGAAGAAGAGCGUCAUGCAGAAUUCUAUAACGCUCACUGGACGCAAGAAGCAGUAAUGCGCUACUUUUACAACCGGAUUUCGCAAAGACGACAGGAUUUAGAACACGCGCUGGGGCUUAACAACAAUUAGUGCUAAGGACUUCUUCCUGUGCAUUUUAAACUCAGUGAAAGAAAUACGACCACUAAAUGCUGACUCAUAACCAAUAUUAUAUUAUUCGUUAUAUGUUUCAAUGGUUCUAACUCAGUAAUUCGUAUACUCCCUGCAGUCAAAAUGACCUUGUUUCUGUGGUGUUUGACUAACUUACUGUUAUACAUAUAUAUAUAUACACGGUAAUUCUGUUUUUAAAUAAG